AUGCCUAGAAUCAAAUUACGGAAGGCCUAUCCAGUGACGACUAUCGCGUUAAUACCGAUUGAGAAGAUCAAAGACCGAUUCUUCUCGAUAUUGGCGUCGAAAUCCAGUAUCCCUGAUUCUUUACUGGCAUUUGUUGAUGAGGGUAUCGCUCUAGGCUGGGCAAACGAGUACGAGGGGGUCAUCCCUUUCAAGCUCACCCUUUGUCGAGUCGCUGUCGCCGUGGUAAGAAAGCAGAAUAUGCCUAUUAAUCAUCUGGUGACGACGAGUACUGAUGUAUUACGAAUCAUGGCUAGUUUAUCUGAUGGCGACAUUGAACUAAUAAAGAAGAUAAAGUUCAAAUCAUUUCCAAGGAAGACACGCCGUAUUCUUGUGAGUGCUCUUGAAAAGGUUAUAUCGACUUCAGAUAUCAAAAGGUACCCCGAUCUGUGGAAGAGGGCAUUUCAUAGUCUUCAUAUCGGCGAAUAUGGAGGCCGAGCCGCGUCAAUUGCAUCCAAAUUUCGUAAUACAAACAACGUCCAUACUCCAGAGACAGCAAUAGCCGAAGCUUUGAAGGGAGGUGUCAUUCAUACCGCAGUUGAGGGACUGGUUCGCCAGCCGUCAGUGUUCGGUCGUACACUCGACAAACUGCUUCGAGACUGCCAAAAUGAAUCUGAUUUUGAUUACGUUCUAGGUGCAUUUUCCAGAGUGGUUUCGUCAGUCGAGACAAAAGUGUUGAUUCAAUUGUUAGGUCAUUUCCAAGGUCGCCUGGAUGACAGUGUCACCACCAGACUUGUAUUUACAAAGGGAAGCAAACCAAAAAUUCUCGAGGCCCCUAAGUUACCGGCCAUAAACCAUAUUUAUGCCACCAAAUUGCUCCAAUUAAUUACAUCAGCAUUGGAAUCUUCAUUCAAGGAGAGAGCACUUCUAGCUUGUUACGAGGUAUAUAUCUCGCGUGAUGUUCACAAUGUGGUAGUACCGUUACAGUUAGCAUCAGCGAAUAACAACAAGCGAACAGUUGCACGGGGAUCUCGUAUCACUCUGGAGGAUGAUGACAAGCCAAUUCUACGACUUUUCAUACACUGGAUUGGGUACGAUAUCGAUUUGAGUGCUGUACUCCUGUCAGGCGACUUGAAAAGAGAGAAAGUUAUCAAUUUCAGCAAUCUUAGGGCCGGCGAUUUUGCAGUACAUUCUGGUGAUAUUACGAGAGCCCCGGGUCCUGAAGGCGCCAGUGAGUUCAUCGACAUCGACAUGGAAAAAGCCAUGAACGCAGGAUUCAGGUAUGUUGUGCUCGAUGUCCGAGUGUAUACAAGUCUGGGAGGCCUGGUUUUCUCAAGUCUUGAGCAGUGCUUUGCGGGAUUCAUGCUAAGAGAAUCUUUAGAGGCCGGCGAAAUUUUCGAGCCAACCACGGUGCGAGCCAAAUUCGACCUGACCUCCGACACAAGAGCCGUAAAUCCAUGCCUUUUCGAUAUGGAGACCAAAGAAGUUGUAUGGAUGGAUGUGACCACACUCCAUGUAUCUGAUCAUGGCAACUCUGUUAGCCACAACGUUCAAGCGGUUUCUAAAGUCGUCCAGUCGUGUCUUGAGAUGUAUAAAACCAAAGUCACCAUCCCGCAACUGAUAAAACUACACGCGGACGCAUCCAACGCCGUAAUCACCACCAACAGACUACACGCCAACUUCACAGUGGGAUUUGGUCCCGAAUUCGACCUCGAUGUGAACGACUUCGCCGACAUCAACUCCCGGUGGGUCUAG